AAAAACCCUUUUAGUCCCACGAACCACUCAUCAAUAUCAUCACUUCUCAAUCUUCUUGCAAUAAAAAUUAGCUUCUUCUAGCAAGAAUUAUAUUGCAUACUAAUGGAACUCUUCAUUUCCUUCUCUUGCUUCAUCAUCUUCUUGAUCAUAGUAACCAAACUUGUUCGCAAGACCAAACCUAAUCUACCUCCAGGUCCAAAGGCACUGCCACUCAUUGGAAACCUUCAUCAACUUAAUGGCCCUUUACCUCAUAGAAUCCUUGCUGAUUUAGCCAAACAAUACGGUCCUUUGAUGCACUUAAGACUCGGCGAAGUCUCAACGAUGAUUGUUUCUUCGGCCGAGUACGCGAAACUGGUGAUGAACGAUCACGAUGUCAUCUUCGCCAACAGGCCUUAUUUCCUCUUCAGCUACGUACUCAACUACAAAUGCCAGGACAUUGCCUUUGCUCCACACAACAAUUCAUGGAGGAUACUGCGAAAGAUAUGCAACACGGAGCUCCUCAGCGCGAAGCGCGUCCAAUCCUUCAGGCCAAUUCGCGAAGAUGAAACCAUGAGCAUGAUCAAAACCAUCGCUUCUCAAAAGGGUUCCGUCAUCAAUCUUACCCGAAUGAUUUACUCGCUCACUUACAGCAUCAUCGCGAGGUCCGCUUUCGGUAAGAGGAGCAAAUACCAUGACCAAUACAUGGUUUUGAUGGAGAGGAUCAUUAAGCUGAUGGGAGGUUUCAGCAUAGUCGAUCUCUAUCCAUCCGUCAAAAUACUCGAAAGGAUUACGGGAUUGAAGGGCAAGCUUGAGGACAUACAAAAACAGGUUGACGAAGUGCUUGAAAGCAUAAUGGAGGAGCAUCGAGUUAAACAUGCGGAUCCAUCAAGGAGAAACCAUGAAGAGAGUGAGGAUCUUGUCGAUGUCAUGCUGAAUAUCCAAAGAUCGGGAGAAUAUGGAGAUCAACUCACAAACGACAACAUCAAAGGUGCUAUUUAUGAUGUUUUCAGCGCUGGAGGAGAAACAUCAUCAAAAACCGUGGUAUGGGCAAUGUUUGAAAUGAUGAAGAAACCGGAAGUACUCCGAAAAGCACAAGAAGAAGUAAGAAGGGUUUGCGGGCCACAGGGCAACGUCGACGAAUCGCACCUCCGGGAACUGAAAUACGUGCAGGCAGUGAUCAAAGAAACGAUGAGAUUCCGGCCAUCUGCGCCGUUACUACUCCCCAGAGAAAGCACAGAGCGGAUCGUGCUGAACGGGUACGAAAUACCGGCAAAAUCCAGAGUCAUAAUCAAUGCAUUUGCACUUGGAAGGGACCCGAAUCACUGGACGGAUCCAGACACGUUCAACCCGGAUCGGUUCCUGGAUUCUGACAUUGAUUACAAAGGGAAGAACUUUGCGUACAUCCCGUUUGGUGCCGGAAGAAGAAUCUGCCCUGGAAUUUCAUUUGCUUUGCCUAACAUGGAGCUCCCAAUCGCACAGCUUCUGUACCAUUUCGAUUGGGAACUUCCUGGAAAAAUGAGGCCUGAAGAUCUUGACAUGAGUGAGAUUUUUGGGUUGACUGUUGGCCCCAGAAAUGAUCUUAACUUGGUUCCUACUGGUACUUUUCAACUUUCCACCCUAGCUGCUGAGUAAAAAGUUACAAACAAUUUGUUCAAUUCAUUGUAUGGAGUUAGUAAACGAUAAUUCCAUUGUACUACAUUUUGUAAGAUUAAUGUUUUAGGAUGUGAUUCCUUCCAUUUCCUCCUAACUAGCGUGAUUUGAUGGGGGAGGACAUUCAAAGUUUCAUUUCAUGUAAUAAUUCCUUGUUUACCAUUUACUUUUUUCCAUCGAUCACUAAAUUUUUGAAUGAAUAAUGUACAAAUUUUUAUGGAUUUGAAC